AUGGCGAAAACAAUGAAGCUCAAAGCUGCAUUGGAGCGAGAGAAGGGUGUCAAUCACAAGCUGGAAAAGCAGAAGAAAUUGCAAAAAGCGGCCGAGAAGCGCAAACGCCAGAAGAAAGAGUCGGACAAGUCGAAAAGGGGCAAGAAGGCGGGCAAGAGCGCAAAGAAUACUGAGGAGAGUGAGAGCGAGGCAGAAGGAUGGGAACCAGACGAUAGUGAAGAAGAUGGCCAAGCAAAUGGAGGUGUGGAGAUUGGUCCUAUGUCAGAUGAAUCCGAUUCAGAGUCAGACGAAGAAGACGAGCCUGAACAAGACGGCAGAGAAGACGAGGAGGAGGAGGAAUACGAAGACAUACCACUAUCCGACAUCGAAUCGCUGGCUUCAGAAGACAGAGCAGAUGUGAUACCGCACCAACGACUGACGAUCAACAACACCGCCGCCUUGCAACGAUCACUGAAAUCAUUCGCACUACCGUCCAGCCUACCUUUCUCCGAAGUACAGUCGGUGACCUCUGCCGAACCAGUUGAAAUCAAGGACGUGGAAGACGACCUUAACAGAGAGUUAAAAUUCUACCACCAAUGUCUUGAUGCCGUGACAGAGGCAAGAGCAAAGCUCAAGGCUGAAGGAGUGCCAUUCAGCAGGCCUACAGAUUAUUUUGCAGAGAUGGUCAAGUCAGAAGAGCAAAUGGGCAAAGUACGAGCGAAGAUGCUGGAUGAGGCUGCAAGAAAGAAAGCCAGCGCGGACGCAAGACGGCAAAGGGAUCUCAAGAAGUUUGGCAAGGCUGUCCAGGUCGCAAAGUUGCAAGAGAGACAGAAGGAGAAGCGAGAUACCAUGGACAGAAUCCAGACGCUCAAGAGGAGUAAGUCACGGUCUCAAGAAAGAUCCUUGUCAAUGUACCCUGCUAACUCUCCACAGAACGCCAAGGUGCUGACCUCACCGCCAACGAAGACGCAGAUUUCGACAUUGCGAUCGAGGAUGCGACCGAGACAGCGAAGAAGGAUAAGGCUGCGAGACGAGCAUCCGGCGACGGCCCCAAUCGAAAGCGCCAGAAGAAGGACGAGAAGUUCGGGUUUGGUGGCAAGAAGCGGUUUGCGAAGAGCAACGACGCGAAGUCGACGGGUGACGACCGUUCGUAUUCCGUCAAGAAGAUGA